CAGUUAACCCCGCAGGAGUGCGAGGUUGAUUAUUCAGCAUCGUUUCACUUUACACAGCCGUUCUCUUGUUAAUUAAAUCUUUCGGUUCUAUCUAGGGUUUGUCUAUCGAAUUGUUGCAGCGGUGCCGGUGAUCUGUCUAUUCGUUAAUUGCUUCAAUCAAUUGAUUUCCCGUUCCAUCAGCCAGGGCAAGAUUUUCGAGUCUCGAUGGCUCACAACAGUAACAAUGCCGCCGGAGUCGACAACACGUUCAGAAGAAAAUUUGAUCGAGAGGAGUAUUUGGAACGAGCUCGGGAGCGUGAGAGACAGGAAGAGGAGGCUCGAUCUAGACCUAAAAGCAAAGGUCCCCCAGUGCAGCGGAAACCCUUGAAACAUAGAGAUUAUGAAGUGGACCUUGAAUCCCGCUUGGGGAAGACUCAGGUUGUUACUCCAGUUGCGCCUCUAAGCCAGCAGGCUGGAUACUACUGCCCGGUUUGUGAGUGUGUGGUAAAGGAUUCUGCAAAUUACUUGGAUCAUAUUAAUGGAAAGAAACAUCAAAGAGCUCUGGGAAUGUCUAUGCGAGUAGAGCGUGCUUCUCUUUCACAGGUUCAGGAACGAUUUGAAGUUCUUAAAAAGCGCAAAGCACUUGGAAGCUUCACAGAGCAAGAUCUGGAUGACCGGAUCUUAAAACAGCAACAAGAAGAAGAAGAAAGAAAGAGACAGCGACGGGAAAGGAAGAAAGAGAAGAAGAAAGAGAAGGAAGUUGAGGAAGCACCAGAAACAGAUCCUGAUGUUGCAGCUAUGAUGGGGUUCGGUGGCUUUCGGUCAUCCAAGAAAUGAUGCCAUGCCAUAUACUUCAUUACGGAAUCUUAACAAUCAUUUUGUAAUGUUAAGCUAGAUUUGGCAUCUGUUGCCCACUCCAAGCAUAUAUGGUGAAAGGAAAACGAUGAUGCAUCUAGCAGCAGAAGAGGUGGAUGGGGCUUGAUGGAUUCAAUCUAUAAAUCAUGCAAUUCGUUUAGGUUAUUUUAUUGGCUUUGUUGAUCUAUGGUAUAUAAAGUGAUCCGUGCCUUUUCACCUGCUCUGUUAUUUCGCUAAUUUGUUUCUUUUUAGACGCCCUUUCUCAAUGGUCCAUCCGGCGGGUGGACAGAAAAUUUGGGAGGAGGUAAAAGAGUAAACUUUAUGCAUGGUUGUAGGCCCAACUGCCCAGGCUUACUGAUUUAAGUAUUCUCGUGCCCCGGGGUGAAAGGCUGCUUGGGAUAUGCUAAUGCUUGCGCACUGAUACAUCCUGAUGUCAUUUCUCGGGC